AGGAGUAACACAGGUGUGUUGAAACUUGGUCAACUGCCAGAGCUAGAUUAUGAGCUCAUUUGAUCCACAGAUACACUCACCACACCGCUGCAGCCCGCAAUUUCCUAACAUUGGGCAGGAGCCUCCUGAAAUGAACAUCUACUAUGAAAAUUUCUUUCAUCCACAGAAUAUUCCUAGUCCACAGAGGCCUACAAACUUUGAAACAGGGGACUACAAUGCUACACCCAACCCUUACUUGUGGUUAAAUGGACCUUCCAUUAACAGUCCACCUUACCUACCGGGAACCAAUGGCAGCCCAUACAUCCCACCAGCCUAUGGGAUGCAAAGGCAGCUCUUGCCUAACAUGCACGGCUUGGCAGGGAAUGAAAUGGGCUGGCUCCCAAUGCCUUCUCAAGAAGAGCUGAUGAAGCUGGUCAGACCACCUUAUUCCUAUUCUGCGCUCAUUGCAAUGGCCAUCCACGGAGCCCCGGACAAGAGACUGACCCUCAGCCAAAUCUACCAGUAUGUCGCUGACAACUUCCCAUUCUACAACAAAAGCAAAGCUGGUUGGCAGAAUUCCAUACGGCACAACUUGUCUCUCAAUGACUGCUUCAAGAAGGUGCCCCGGGAUGAAGAUGACCCAGGGAAGGGCAAUUACUGGACUCUGGAUCCGAACUGUGAGAAGAUGUUUGACAAUGGAAACUUUCGGCGGAAGAGGAAGAAGAAGUCUGACUGCAGUGCCAGCACAGUGUCUCUUGCUUCUGACAAAUCGGAGGACAGCGCCUUAACUGGCAGCCCCAAGGCGGCAGCAGAGCACCAAGACCUGCUGGAGAACUCAUCUUCUGGAGCAGAGAGCUCCCCUGAAAAGAGAUCUCCACCACCAUCUUCCACCACUCCCUGCCUCAACAACUUCCUGUCAAGCAUGACAGCUUAUGUGAAUGGGUCCAAUUCAGUCAGCCGCUCAGUGGCCCUAGGACUUGGCACCGAUGCUGGUGACAAAAUGGGACAGAACGUGGUAGGCUUCAACUCAUACACCCCUCUUGCCAACAUCUCCAGCCAUGGCAGUGGAGAGCCAUGGUCCAAUUCCAUGUCCUCUGGUCAUCUUGGCUAUGGCAGCUCAGUUCUCAACCAGUUCAACAGCAGCUUUUACAACAGCCUCGCUGCAAAUAAUACUCUAUAUUCCAGAGAGGGAACUGAGGUGUAAACAGAGGGAGGUCUUGUGAAAAGAGGGGAAAGUGUAAGGAUACAGGGACAGAAAAUAUUGUCGGGAAAGGUGCUUCACGUUAGCCCCCUCACUUCUUUCCAUUUAUGUUAAGAUACACCAGAAAGGUAUCUCUGUCAUGGCCAAGGUAGUGGCCAAUGUUUUCAGGUAGUGGUAUUCAUAGGCCACAGAGGCUUCAAGCUGCACUGUACAGCCAUGACUGACAGCAAACUUCCACUUGUCUUAGGAUCUGUACAGGACAGCAUAUCAUUUUUAACUCCAUAGUAAUCACUGCUUCAAUACUUUCUGCCAUUAAAACAGAAUGGAAUCAUCACUUUACACCUAAGACUGCCUUGGAAAAGUGACUCUUCUAUUGCUUGCUCACCAUACAAAGGGGGGCGGGAAUGACUAAAACUUCAUGAAAUGGUCUUGAUUCUGCUUUCUUGCUUAAGGCAUGAUUUGGUCAUUGGCAAGUACUUUUAAAUCUCAUUGAUUUUCAAUUGGAGAGUUGAUGCUUCUCUUCAGCUGAAACCAAUGGGAUUUAAAAGAACAUAACAUUGACCGGAUCAUGUCCAUGAGAUCAUCUACUUUCUUCAGAAUAUGCACGUGCAUUCUGAUGGUUCUGUGAAACAUGAUAUAACAACACUUAACGGGGGAAAGUGUAACAAAGGGUAGGAAGUACUAGAAACUUCUGUUCCUUCUUAAUAAAAUCCAUAUUUAAAA